AUGAAGACGACGCCGCGCCCAACAGCCCGGCCGCGGGGGAAGGUCCUCCGCGGCGGGGCGGGGGGGAGUGGAGGGAGGGAAGCGCCCCCCCGCGGGCGGAGCCGCGCUCCCAAGAUUCUCAGGGGGGAAGGGGUGGGUGGGCGCGCGCGCGCGCAGCGCUCACACAAGGCGAAGAGCGGGCGCGCGCAUCCCCGCCUCCCCCCGCUUCAAGCGACGCGGAAACCGGCGCCCAGCCUAGCAGCUGUAGCCGGCGCGCAGGGCGCAUGCGCACCCCCAGGCGGGCGGGGGCCGGAGCCUACUGGCGAGCGAGGUGGCCGCGGGUGCCUUGCCCGCCGCUACUCGGAGACUAGCGGUCGCUGCGCGGUGUGCUCGCCCUCUCCCUUGCCAGGGCCUCGCCUAGUCCUGCCCCACGACGCCGUUCCUCGCCUCGUGAUGAAGUUGAGCAGCCGUGGCCGAGGAUGCUGCGUGGCCGGCAGCCGGGAGCGCGGGCCGCCGCCGCGGAGCCCCUUCGUGCACCAACUGCGCCUCAGCCCCUUGGAGAAAGCCAAGAUUGCCUUCAUGACCUUGACUCUGUUUCCUAUCCGACUCUUUUUUGCUGCUUUUAUGAUGUUGCUGGCCUGGCCUUUUGCAUUCGUUGCUUCAAUGGGAUCUGAUGAGCAAGAGCUUGAAAAGCCCCUCUCCUGGUGGCGAAAGGUAGUGGAUGUUUUGCUGAAAGCAAUCAUGAGACUGAUGUGGCUUGCUGGAGGAUUCCACUGGAUAAAUGUAAAAGGCAGACGGGCAUUGCCAGCAGAAGCAGCAAUAUUAACUGUGGCUCCCCAUUCAUCCUACUUUGAUGCCAUUCCAGUAACUAUGACCUUUGCCUCCAUUGUGAUGAAAGCAGAAAGCAAAGAUAUUCCUGUGUGGGGAACUCUAAUCAAAUACAUCCGUCCAGUGUUUGUAUCUCGGUCAGACCAAGAUUCUCGCAGGAAGACUGUUGAGGAGAUAAAGAGACGUGCUCAAUCUGAUGGUAAAUGGCCACAGAUAAUGAUAUUCCCAGAGGGCACUUGCACAAACCGAUCCUGUCUAAUUACAUUCAAGCCUGGAGCAUUUAUACCAGGAGUUCCUGUACAGCCAGUGGUUCUACGUUACCCAAACAAACUGGACACAAUCACAUGGACAUGGCAAGGGCCAGGAGCGUUAGAAAUUCUGUGGCUUACUUUGUGUCAGUUUCACAAUUCUGUGGAAAUUGAGUUUCUGCCUGUAUAUGUUCCUUCAGAAGAAGAAAGAAAAAAUCCAGCAUUAUAUGCCAGUAAUGUCAGACGUGUAAUGGCAGAGGCGUUGGGCGUUUCGGUGACGGACUAUACAUUUGAAGAUUGUCAGCUAGCUUUGGCUGAAGGACAACUUCGUCUACCUUCAGACACAUGCCUUUUAGAAUUUGCAAAGCUCGUGAGAAGCCUUGGGCUGAAACCAGAAAACCUUGAAGGAGAUCUUGACAAAUAUGCUGAACGUGCCAUGAAAAUGAAAAAAGAAAAGGUUGAUCUUAAAGCAUUUUCAGCAUACUUGGAAUUUCCAAUUUCUUCCACAUUAGAAAGUAUGUUUGCUCUUUUUGAUGAGAAUGAAUGUGGCAUAAUUGACAUACGUGAAUUUGUCAUUGCUCUGUCAGUUGUCUGUAAACCAUCCAAAACUCUGGAAACAAUUCAACUGGCGUUUCAGCUAUACCAGUCAGAAAAUGGAACUAUACUAAAAGAGGAUUUAGCUCAUAUUCUGAAGACUGCCAUGGGUGUGUCACAGAUCAAUGUAACACACCUUUUUAGAGCUGUAGAUGAAGAAGAAAAGGGGGAGAUUACAUAUGAUGACUUCUACAAAUUUGCCGAAUUGCAUCCACACUUUGCAGAAGACUAUCUGUAUUCUGAUCAGAUGGGAGCUGAGAGUGGUUUGGAAACUUCAUCUCUUCCUGCUCCUAAUGGCAUCUGUACUGACUUCAGCCCUGAAAAUGCUGAAGAUAAAAAGAAGCCCCUGCAGAAGAAACUGAACUAAUAUUACAACUGUUACCUUCCUCUCCUGGUGAGAGGAUUGUUUUUUCUUGGGAUUUUCAUAAGUCACUUCAACUAUACAGCAAAUACCAGUUUUGUGUGUGAAAGUUCUCCCUUAAUACCAUUCUUUGAUUCAUAUGUGCUAUAUUUAUUAGUAUGUUCCAGGUUACUUUGGGGAAGGUGUUUUUAUUUUUCUUCAAAAAGUCUUUGAAAGGCAAGAAUGUGAAUGUGCUUCAUUAUUAAUGUUCAUAUUUAAAAGGAAGUGACACACUUAUUUAUAUUUCAUUGGCUAGUUUCAUGUACAGUGUCACACAAAUUGUGCAUGUAUAAAGAAACUGUAGCUACUAUGGUGUUAAGUGCACUUUGGUGAUUAGUGUUUUCCCUAGUUACAGGGAUGUUUUGGGGCCAAAUUUUGCUGUCCAUAUCUGCAUAGUCAGGCUUGUUGAUUUCAGUGGGAUUAUUCUCUUGAACAAGGCAAGCACAUUUUUGGCCAUUUGUUUUGGUUUCAAUGAACAGUUCCAAAACAAUAAUGCAAAAAA